GGGGGAACAUCUUAAAUCUGUGAUUAUUUCCAGGCUACAUAAUUAUAAGAGGCUUUCCUCUUAUACAAAAUACAAGGAGAAAAGAAAUCCAGCUAGAAAUCAUUUCACCAUUUUUGCUGUAAAUUUUUUAAUGGGUUUGUGAUAUGAUGGUAUUAAUUUUCUUGCUAGAUGCAGAUGAUAAAUUUUCUCAUCUGUAUUAGGAAUUAAAUAUUAAUUGGGGAUAGUUAAUGAGUUGAUUUGCUCUCAUGCUUAUAUCUGAGAUCUUGUAGCACUAUACCAUUCUUUUUUGAAUUAUACAGGGCAUUUCUCCAUUUUUGUGUGGUACUUCUAGUCAUAACCCUUAUUUUGAAAAAGGUUUUAUAUUAUAAAUAUUUCACUUAAUUUAGUUCAUCUUAGGAUGCAAAGGAGAAUAACUGGGCAAGGAAUGUGGAUAGAUAGGGCUUUUUUCCCUUUAAACUAAUACUGCUAAAUAUACCAGGAGAUCAAUGUCAAAAUCAAAUCCAAGGACUUCUGUAGACAUUACAGUUCCAUUUUAGUCACAAAAGUGAAGAAGUCUUUAAAAAGUUCUUAUAUGGUCCAUUUUUAUUUUCUUGAUGAAAUAAUAACUAGAUACCUGAUUAAUGAGAGUUUAUUUUUAUUCCAGAGUUUGUUUUUAUGUUGGGAGGAACUGAACUUUGGUCUUAGUCACUUGUAAGUCUUCAUAGCGAAACUGAACUCCUUUCAUUUAACACUUAGUAUGUUUGUGCAUUAGGAAAGCUUCUUAUUAGAGGAAAAUUACGUUUCUAUGCAGAUAUAAAAUAUCUAAACUCAUCUGUUAUGAACAAAAGUUAAUGAGGGAGAAUUUGUGCAUCCACAUAGAAUUUUUCUUGAAUUAAAGGAAAAAACCAGACCCUGACAAAGGAGGGUUGGACUGAGAAACAGUACUCUCAGUACUACAGAAAUGAGGAAAAGAGGUAAUGGGCAACAGAGAACUCUGUCCUGCUCCGAGAUCCCCAACGAAUCCCCAUCCCCUCCCCCCGACCUCCUGCCAGAAUGUUGGGUUUCAAAGAAUGAGCAGGUUAACGGAUAUCAGGAGUAGUAUGGCCCGGGCUGAGGAUAGGAUAAUUUGUCUGAGGAACAGUACUGGCUGAAUCAUUACAGGCCUGCUACUUGGUAUAUCCUUCUGUGAGGGUAAAGGGAACUUAGCCAAGGAGCAUUAAAACUGUUGCUGUUGGAAGGAAGUCAUAUAGUAAGGAACCACUGAAGGCCAAGAGAGUAAAGCAAGAAUAGAAACAGCCCCAAAGUCUGUAAGACUCAGAGUUGGGCAGCACCCACCCAUAAAGGAGCCAUCAUAGAUCUGGGGCUAAUACCUGAGUUUCCCAGGCUCAGCAUGCCAGGGAGAGCUGCUGCUGCUGGACACAGGCCCUGCAUCAUCAACUGAUUUGCUAGGGCCAUGUCAGUGGCAGCGUCUGUGAGAGACUCUGCCUCUAUACUGCCUUCUCUAUGGAAAAACCAGGUGGCCUUGAAGGAGGGUAAGAUAAAGUUUCAGACUUGGGCUCAGCAGAAGAGGGCCUUGAAGCUGGGGCCAGUGCCAGGAUCUUCACGUAUCAGUUUGAGGAUUGUCUUGCUGUUGGUGAUUUCUCUGCCAAGCACGCACUGUGCCCUGGGAUCAGUGUAUUACUCUUCCUAUGAAAUAGUCAUCCCCAAGAGUCUGGCAGUGGAAGGAAGGGAAGACCAAGUGGAAGAGCUCUCCUACGUGCUUUUUAUGCAGGGCCAGAAGCAGCUGAUUCACCUGAAGGUGAAGAGAGACUAUUUUGUGAAUAACUUUCCAGUCUUCAGCUACCACAACGGCAUCCUGGGGCAAGAAAUGCCUUUGAUCUCACAUGACUGUCACUAUGAGGGCUACAUAGAAGGAGCCCCAGGUUCUUUUGUUUCUGUCAACACCUGUUCAGGCCUCAGGGGCAUCCUGAUUAAGGAGGAAAAAUCCUACGGCAUUGAGCCCAUACACUCUUCAAAACGGUUUGAACACAUGUUGUACACCAUGGCCCAUGAAGCUCGAGUCUCCUGUAGUGUCACUUCCAAAGACAGCCAAGUGGCAUCCACCAGCCGGCAACAAGAGAGCAGCAAGCCCCGCGGUCGGCAGGUGCCAUCCUACUUGUGGUCUCACACCAAGUACGUGGAGAUGUUUCUCGUGGUCAACAACCAGCGGUUCCAAAUGUGGGGCAGUGACAUCAAUGAGACGGUCCGGAGAGUAAUGGAUGUCAUUGCUCUGGCCAACAGCUUCACUAGGGGAAUAAACACAGAGGUGGUGCUGGCUGGAAUGGAGAUCUGGACCGAGGGGGACCUCAUAGAGGUCCCAGUGGACCUGCAAGUUGCACUCAGGAACUUCAAUAGCUGGAGACAAGAGAAGCUCUUCCAUCGUGUGAAGCAUGAUGUUGCCCACAUGAUCGUUGGACACCAUCCUGAAGAGGCUAUGGGGCAGGCAUUCCUCAAUGGUGCCUGUUCAAGUGAUUUUGCAGCAGCCGUAGAAUCCUUCCACCAUGAGGAUGUCCUUCUGUUUGCAGCACUCCUGGUCCAUGAGCUUGGGCACAACUUGGGUAUUCGGCACGACCAUUCGGCCUGCAUCUGUAAAGAUAAACCCUUUUGCCUCAUGCGUGAAAAUAUCACUAAAGAAAGUGGCUUCAGCAACUGCAGCUCUGACUUCUUCUACCAGUUCCUCUGGGAACACAAAGGGGCCUGCCUAUUUAACAAGCCUGGGCACAAAGGCCGCUUACGGAGGGAUGCCAAAUGUGGAAAUGGUGUUGUAGAAGACGAUGAGCAGUGUGACUGUGGUUCUGAGUGUGACACUCACCCGUGCUGUGACCAAACAUGUAGGCUGAAGGAGAAUGCAAACUGUAGUGAUGGACUCUGCUGUGUUAAAUGCCAACUGAAACAUAAGGGAUUCAUAUGCCGUCCCGCUUUGGGGGAGUGUGACCUCCCCGAGUAUUGUGACGGUUUCUCUGGAAAAUGCCCUAUAGACAGCUAUAAGAUAGAUGGUACAACAUGCGACAGAAUUCACUAUUGCACUGGAGGUCGCUGUAAGAACCCUGAUAACCAGUGCAUGGACAUAUACGGGUCCCCUGCAAGGUCUGCCCCAGAAAACUGUUACAUUUCAAUGAACAGAAAAGGCGACCGGUUUGGAAACUGUGGUAUUACCAACUCACCUAGUUUAAGAUACCUGAAAUGUGCAGAUGAUAAUAUAUUUUGUGGGAAACUUAUAUGCACAAAUGUUAGACAGGUACCACAAAUCAAACCAAAUCACACACUGAUCCAGGUUGCUCACGAAGGUGACUGGUGCUGGAGCAUGGCUGCCUAUAACACUACUGAUAUCCCUGAUGAUGGAGAUGUGCACACAGGCACUCUUUGUGCCCCACACAAAGUCUGCGUGAAUCACUUGUGCACUGAUUACACCAAGCUUGGGUACAACUGUGAAUCAGCAGAAUUGUGUAAUGGGAAAGGAGUUUGCAACAAUUUUAGGCACUGCCAUUGUGAGGAUGGCUAUGCUCCCCCUGACUGUAAAACUCCUGGAAAUGGGGGUAGUGUAGACAGUGGUCCACCUGGCAAUCCAAUUAAAAUUCAAGGUGGAAAUGGAAGUUACAAUUCUAUUCGCCAUAGGUCUAAGUUUAGAAAUGUUGGCAACAUAAUUUUCAUACUCCCUUCAUUUCUUUUAAUAUUGUUGUUAAUUAUAGUAUUUUGUAUUACCAUCAAGACCGUAGUUGAGACAGUAGAGACCCCAGGGCAAGGCUCAGAGGACAGUGAAGAGGAAACGACUAGUGAGGCAUUCUUCAUGGAAUUCCUACCAGUGAUAAGGGAGGAUGAGUCAGGAGGGGAGGCUCCCCCACCAGAGGAGGCUCCCCCACAAGGAGAGGCCCCCCCACCAGAGGGGGCGCCACCACCAGAGGGGGUGCCACCACCAGCAGAGGCCCCUGCACCAGUGGCCCCACCACCACCACCAGAAGCUCCCCCGCCGGAGGCCCCACCAGCGCCACCGCCAGAGGCCCUGCCACCAGAGGUCCCACCGCCACCACCGCCAGAGGGCCCACCACCAGGAGCACCAGCACCAUAAGAGGUAGCAAGUGAAGGACAAAGAGAACCAACGGCAGAAGUGUAUUGGAGGAAGAAUCCAAAAAUAUCAAAUAUCUCAAGCAGCGAGUGGCAAUGAGGGGCUCAGAGACGCAAAGGUGAAGUGAGAAUUGAAGGCUCCUAUACCUCUGACUGGGAUAUAUACUCUACAGAAACAUACUAACAUGGGAACAGGGACAUCCCUGCUUUUAUUAUUCACUUUAGAAAAUUUGGUUACAUAUUCACAUAUGAACUCAUAUAUAAAAUAUUCUAUAUUUUGCUUUUUUCCCAUUUCAUGAAACAACUUUAUUUAAGCUUUUCUCAUGAAUCAUACGUAUCAAUGUCAUCUUUCAUUUGAGCCAAUUUCUCAUGAAAUUACUCUUCAGGGCAUACCAUCUUCCAUCUACAUUGUUUGAUAUACAAUAUUAUCUGUACCUAUGAUUAUCACACGAUCGUUCUUCCCACUCAUAACACAUUACUUUAAGAAUGUUAUCUAUUGAGUAACCUAAUUUCCCCAACAGUUACUAUUCCUAAAUUAAAGAUAAUUUAAAAUAAAUAAAAAACUUUUAAGAUGAGGACUCCAUACAGCCUAGUCCUUGGGGCUUCUUUAUUUGGCAGCUCUCUUGGAAGGGACUACAUCUUGUGCACGGUGGUCUGAUCACCCAGGGCCUGCGUGCAUGGGGUAAGGGGAGCAACCUAGGCAGGAGAUAAUCUUGUCCAGCAUGGAGUUUAGUUGGAAGUAUUAGUUGUUCCUUUUUCUCUGUUUUCCUACAUCACUUAUUAUAUUUAGUUCUCAUUUCCUUUUUAAAUUAACAUAUUGUUGACUGACAGUCCAAAGAAACAGAGCUUUGGAGGGCAGUCAAUUGUCUGUAAAGAGAGCACAAAGCAUGUACAAUAUGACAUUACCCAUUCUGUGCAAGACACUGUGCUGAAUACUUUACAUUCAUUGUCUUAAUUUAAUCCUCCCAUCCACCCUAUGAGACCUCCAUCUUGUACAUGAAGAAACAGAGACCAAAGAGUUUUGCUCUAGAGCUGGUAAGGGGUGGAACCUGCAUCCCGCCCCAGGUAUGACAACCUACAUUCUCUACUGCCUUUUCCUUUAGUAAAAAAAAAAAAGUAAGCGGGAAGACAACUGACACGUCCUUAAUUGCCCAGAACGUGGCUUCUUCCUCAGUGACUCUAAUGAAACAGAAGCCUUACAAAUGGAUGUUGAUCUCCAUCAUGAACCUACCAUACUGUGUAGUCAUUAUCGAUGAAAGAGUCUUUCCCCUAUGACAUCCUGACAUCAUGGAGUGGCAGGUCUGCAUCCUAUCCAGCACCGUAGGUGCUCAGUAAAUGUUGACCAAGUGAAUGACUUAACCAGGGCCAACCUUAAACUAGGAGGGUAACUUGGAUGGAUGCCCUUGCCAGUCAUUAGGCAUGGCACAACCGAAACCUUGCUCAGGUGCAGUGUUGCUGCAGGUUGGGUGUUCUGAGUCUUGGGGAAGUUCCUGAGCAUCCGUCCCUGAUGGUACAUUUGCUGAAUCCCUCUUUCUACCUGCCCAAUCCUAUGUGAGCAGAAAGGAGCAAACAAAAGGAGGAUAAGACCUGGCUUCUGCUUUCAAGAAGUGUAUGUUAGUUACUUUUGAUGGAACAAAACUGAACUUCAGAGCAAAAUCCAAAAUCAAGCCUUCAGUUACGUAAGUUUCCAGGCCCACGAGAUUUGCUGGUAAUCAAAUCUCCGGACAUUGUAUGCCAGAAGGUCAACAAUCAAAGCACACUAUUAGUUGGUGGUCACCUGCGAGCUUAGAGAACAAAAGUGAAACUAGGUAACUGAAGGCCUCCAAGGGUCAACUUGUCAUUAGAGACUUCUGCAAAAGAUGUGGAGGAUUUCUGCUGAGAAGCACUUUGAUGGAGAACAGAAGCGGUAACCUUCCUAAGUGCACAUGCUGGUGAUGACUAUAAUAAAAGCUAGCACGCAUCAGUCUUUUUCUAAAAAAGUGAAGAAAUAGAAGGGAAUCAUGAUUUAGGUAUGGAGUAAUUACGCUUAGCUAACUUAAAGGUGUCCUUUAAAAACCAAAAGUCAGGUAGGUAAUUGGGAAUCAAUCAGUAAAAUCUAUUUAGGACUUCACAAUAUUUGACAACAUUUACAAAUAUUUAGCAAACAGGGAAGUUCUAUAGACUAUUUAAAAUUUUUAGUUGCUUCUUUAUGAUCGACCCUCAGGUUCACAAGACCAGGUUAAAGGCAGGAAACAAAGGUUAGGACAGCUAUUUGAAUGAACCUUCUCUGAAAGAGUGAUAGAAAAAUGAACGUAUUUAUAAAUUGUCAGGUGAAUCUUAAAAUGUGUGGAAACCCCAGAGUUUGGGCAUUGAAGGCUGAAGCACUUUAGGACAAACUAUAGCAGGGAAGUGACCAGUUUUAAUGUGGGCAGGAGAGAGAAGGUAGGUAGGGUAACGCGGGUCUGAAAUCUCCAGGUUCAAGGUUCAGUGUUGUGCAUGUUGUGUGACUGCCUCUGCAAAGUGCACUCUUUUGCCUGAUUCCUCUCCCCGUUAUGCUUGGGGGGUUCUGAGGAAUGCUUGCUUACACCUUCCAAUAAUCCAUGUUGGUAGCCACUCAUGACCCAGCCAGCCGCUGCCCCAGCAGAUUCUGACAGUGCCUUCUCACUAUCCUUUACCUGCCUUCCCUGGGUGGCUGUUGUCCUCUCUACGCUCCCUGUGGCCAGCGGAGACUGAGGCCCUUCCCUUAGUUUCCCAAAGCACAGCCACGUUCAGGCUCUGGAUUUUAUUCCAGACUUUGGCGGGGGGUGGGGGCUGAGGCAGUGUGGGCAGGUGGAAGUGAUAUUACAGUGUGGAAAAGAACACACUUGGGUGUAGCCAGUAUUAAUGUUCCGGGAGUUCAGAGUCCAGAGAUCAUGCCCCUCCCUGGGAAACUUGGAUAGGUCCUCUCUCUUUGGAUGUGCCCAGCCUGACAUCUCUUCCUGUCCAUGUAAGAGUGCUUUUGGGAAUGUCCUCAUAACUUAAAGUCAGACUCCACUCUCUUCUCUGGGCCCAGUUGGAGGCAAAAAGAAAUGACUUCUGUUAAACACAGGUGACCCGAUUCUGCACUAAGUAAACUGUUACAUUAGUUUGCAGAAUUUUUUGAAA